AAGUAGCCCCCGGCAGCCCAUCACGCGGCAGGACCUUCUCCCUCCUUCUUUCUCCUUCCCCUUGCACACGAAACACGUCUCGCUACCGAGAUUCUCUGCCAUCACAUCAGAAUCAGUGCAGGCCACGCCGUGAUAAUACCCCGUCACAGAAAGGCACCUGUUUUUUCUUGCUCUCUGUCUUCCAGUGAUACCCGAUACCCCGUUUUCUAAUUUUCUUGAGAUACCCUGCUUUGCAAGCAAACCCAAACCAUCAUAAUGGCCGACACACAGAAGCCCGCCGAGGUGCCGCAGGAGACUCCCGCCACCGAGCCCGCCGCCGAGACCAAGCCCGCCGAGGCUACUGCUGCCGCCGCCGAGACUGAAGCCGCUCCCGCCGCCGAGGCCGCCCAGGCGGCCGCUACUGAGACCCCUGCUGCCGCCGCCACCACCGAGACGGAGGCGGCUGCUGCUCCGGCCGAGGAGGCCAAGAAGGAUGAGGAGGCCAAGAAGGAGGAGCCUAAGCCUGUUGAGGAGGGCCACCUCGAGCACAAGGGCCAGGGCGCCAACUUCCCCAAGAACUUUCUCUAUACCAAGCAGCUCUUCUGGUUCGGUUCCGAGCCCGUCGACCUGAAGUCGAUUGCCUCCUUCAAGGCCGACAAAGUCACCGACGUUGCUCAUCAUGUCACUGCUUGGGCUGCCGAGACCGGCAAGGGCCUGCUCUUCUACAGCGAGAAGGGCGACAAGGCUGCCCCCCAUGGUGCUAUCCACCUGGCCGACGCUUCGGAGCCUGCCGUUGAUGGCCCCAACAAGUUCCACUUCACUGCCAAGGGCCACAAGCACACCUUCAAGGCUUCCAGCACCGCCGAGCGUGACAACUGGGUUGCCCAGCUGAAGACCAAGAUCGCCGAGGCCAAGGAGCUUGCUGCUACCGUCACCGAGUCCGAGACUUACAAGAAGACCCUUGAGAGCCUCAAGCCCGCUCCCACCAAGAAGGAGGAGAAGGCUCCUGCUGCCGAGACGGUCGCUGCCGAGCCUGCCACUACCACCACCGAGGAGGCUGCUCCUGCUGCCGAGGCCCCCGCUGCCGAGGCCGCCAAGGAAGAGCCCAGGAAGGAGGAGGACAAGGCUGAGAAGGAGGAGCCCAAGCGCCGCUCUGCCAGCCGCAAGCGCGCUUCGAUCUUCGGCAACCUCCUCGGCAAGAAGGAGGAGAAGAAGGCCGCUGAGACUGAGGCCAAGCCUGUGGAGGAGGCCCCGGCCGCCGAGACGAGCGCCGCGGCUGAGUCAUCUGAGGCCCCCGCUGCUGAGGCUGCUACUGAGGCUGCCGCGGAGCCUGCCACUGAGGCUGCUGCCACUACCGAGGCUGCUGCCGAGGCUAAGCCUGAGGAGCAGACCGAGGAGGCCAAGGAGGGCGAGAAGAAGGAGGAGAAGAAGGAGACUACUGAGGCCCGCCCGGCCCACGCAAAGCGCACCAGCAUCUUCAGCAACCUCUCUUUCGGCAAGAAGAAGACCGCUGCUCCCGCCGAGGCUCCUGCCAAGGAGGCGCCCGCCACCACUGAGGCUGUCGCUGAGACCGCUCCUGUGAUCCCGGCUGUGGAAACCACGGAGCCCCUCUCUGCCGAGGUGUCUGCCCCCGCGAAUGCCCCUGCCGAGACGACCGAGGGCGCCCCUGCCACCAACGGCGAGACCAAGAAGGAGGUCAAGUCUGAGAAGCGCAAGAGCUCGCUCCCCUUCGCCUUCGGCAAGAAGAAGGAUGCUGCCUCCUCCGAUGAGGAGGCCGAGAAGCCCAAGUCGCCUUCGGCUUUCUCCAAGCUGCGUGCUACCAUCAAGGGCAAGGGCAAGGCUGAGAAGCCUGAGAAGACCGAGGAGACUCCCGCCGCCCCGGCUGCCGAGACGGAGGCUGGUGAGGCUAAGGCUGAGGCUAAGGCUGAGGAGCCUGCCGCCGAGGAGGCUGCCAAGCCCGCUGAGGCUGAGACCACCGCUGCCGCCCCCGCCGCUGCUGAGGAGGAGACCCCUGCCAAGCCCCUCGAGUCCACUCCGGCUGUGACUGCUGCCGCUUAGAUGGCGACGCGUCCGGCCAUGUGAGUCCCCGGCAUUCAUAAUCAUGAGCAUUGGAUCGAA